AUGUUGAUAAUAGUGGCGGUGAUGUGGGAUGAUGGUGGCAAUGGUGGUAGUGGUAGCAACGGUGGUGGUGGCGACGAUGGGAAAUGGAAUGGGUUAGAAUGGUACCGCCCAAGUUACGAUAUCAUAAAUACAUAUAGUUUACGAGUCGUUCAUUUUAGUACCAAUGAUACGGCAACGAAAGAAAGGCCGUGCCAGCAGUAUUUACUGAACGAGGCCGAUAUUACUGCUGUAAUAGUUAGUCCAAGCAAUGUGCUAACAUUAUCCUCUUACCGUAUGCACAUGGCAUUUAAUCCAUUUUUGGCGAGGCCGGAUUUGGCCUUGCUACCACCUUACUUGCAACCACCACCAUUCCCAUCCUUACCUGGUCCAACAGGUUUUUUCCCUCGGUUACCAACUGAAAUCACCGAAUUUGCGCCAUCAUUACCGUCAUCAGGUACACGAAUUGUGGAUGAUGACGGUGUAACUGAUGAUCCAAAAGUAGAAUUGGAUGAUAAAAAUCUCUGGGAUCAAUUCUGUAACUGUGGUACCGAAAUGGUCAUCACUAAAAGUGGAAGGCGGAUAUUUCCGGCCUUCAAAGUAAAGCUUUCCGGUUUGGAUAAACGUUCAAAGUACAUUUUACUAAUGGACAUUGUACCAGCUGAUGAAUGCCGCUACAAAUUUCAUAAUUCUCGAUGGAUGGUAGCUGGUAAAGCAGACCCGGAAAUGCCAAAACGUAUGUAUAUACAUCCGGAUAGUCCAGCAACCGGUGAACACUGGAUGACAAAAGGAGCGAAUUUUCAUAAAUUGAAAUUAACGAAUAAUAUCUCCGAUAAGCACGGCUUUGUAAGUCAUUUAAUCUUGAAUUUAAAAAGUAAAUGGUAA